AACUCCAUUCUAGAUCAUUCGUUUCAUCUCGCCUCUCCGGUGGAGACCUUUAUCUUUUGUGUAGAUUGAUUCAAAUGAAGAUCGAUGCACCGCCCAAAGCGAAGCUAUCCAUACACCUACUAUACAAUCUACAACUUAUACUUUUAGUUUUUACUUAUUCUUCACCAACAUCGUUCAAGUCGGCGAUAUCGUAAACCCAUUUCUCACACAGUGUCUGAAAGGGUGGCGGGCUGGCAGUGCACAUUCAAAAAUGCAAUCGCAAGCAUCGCCAACCCGCCACCUCGCCAUGACAUAAACUAGCGCGUUGCCAUGGCAACCAGCGACAAACACUGCCAGACGCUUUGCGUCAAAAGUGCCAAAACAGACGCGGACACCAACGAAUAUGCCGCGAUGUACGACGCGACCGUCCCGGUGCUGAACGCGAGGGAGGUGGAGAGCCCCCCGGAGUCCGGAGACGAGGUGCUGGUCGCCGCCAUGGCCAAGUUCACGCCCCCCGCGCGCCCCGCCGGCCCCGCCAGGCACGACUUCGACUCCGACAGCGAGAGCGACUCCGAACCAGAGAAAUUCUUGAACAACGCCACUGACGAAGACUUGUCACCAGACAGGAAGUCACCGCGGGGUCGGGAGCCCAAAACUGAAAUGAGCAGACAAAGCUCGAAGGAUGGCGCGAAGAGUCUGUCCAAACAAGCGAGUCAGCAGAUGGAUUCGUCAGAUAAUUCUGACUCCGACGACAACUCGCUGGAGGCUGCGCGCGUGCCGGCGCUGCCGAGCGGGCGGCGGCGCGCGGUGGCCGUGCCGGCGGAGGGGGCCUACGACCCGCAGCAGUACCAGGGGCUGAAGGUGCCUGCUGACAUGGAGAAUGUGUUCCAGUAUAUCAUGAAAUACACCCCUCAGAAGAUCGACAUAGAGUUCAAAUUGCAACCGUUUGUGCCUGACUACGUGCCGGCGGUCGGGGACCCCGAUGCCUUCAUAAAGGUGACCACGCCGGCGUGCAACGCGCGCGGUAAAGACCUGGCCGAGAACGUGCUAGAACACAUCGAUAACUUGGGUCUGUCGCUGGUGGACGAGCCGGCGGCGCGGCAAAGCGACGCGGCGCUGCUGCAGCUGCAGCUGCGCGCGCUGUCCAAGACCUCCAGCGCGAGGCCCGUCACCGUGAUGACGAAGAAGAUCGACGACGCGGAGAGGAACCCCAAGGCCAUCGACCGGUGGAUCCGCGACGUGAGCGAGCUGCACCUCGCCAAGCCCGCGCCCACCGUCACCUACACCGUAAAGAUGCCCGACAUAGACAGCCUGAUGCAAGAGUGGCCAGAGACAAUGGAGGAAACACUAAACGACGUCGGAUUCCCUCCAGCCGACCUCGACUGCUCUCUGUCCCAAUACGCCGACCUGGUCUGUGGUCUGCUGGACAUCCCGGUGGCUGGAGACACGCUGAACGACAGGAUCCAGGCGCUGCAUAUGCUGUUCAGUCUGUACUCGGCGGUCAAAGCGUCGCAGCUGUACGCUGAGAGGGAGAAAGAGAAGGCGGAGAAUUUAUAGUUCAGGGAGUUGAAAGGGUUUUGAUACACUGAGGGUGGGGAGGUUGGUGGAUUUAUCGUCGUGGUGCUGUGUGACGUCUCAUAUCGGUUAGGUGAACAGGCCUUAAGCUAUGUAAGAUGUAGAUUACGCAGAGAUCUAGAAGUAUAGCUGAAGUUCUGAGGCUGUAUUCGGCGCGAUUAACGCGGAAAAUUAUACAGCCUAAGAUGUUAGAUGGCCAUUUAAGUAUACUUUUAAGUGAAUAAUAAAGUGUAUGUUUAUAUUUU